GGGGCGCUGCUUGUGUGUGCUUUCUCAUCCGGCGAGAAGGCCGAGAGAGUGACUGAGCCGGACCGCGGGAAAAAAAGUGGUGCCUGUUCCUGUUCCACGACUUUGGACCCUGGUGUUGAUUGAGACGAGGAGGUAAAGGCAAAGCGAGAUUGGCUCAAGAUUGACGGUGACAUUAGUCAAGAUAGCAAGCAGGCUCGCUUUGACCUCAGGUACAGGGAAUAUGACGGCGGGAGACUCAAGAAGAUCAAGACAACACCAGCAAGAUGAUGAUGCGGAUACGGGCCUCUCCUUCUUCAGUGACUCCCUCUCCUCCCUCUUCGACGUGCACACGCCCUCAAGAGGCACGCCUGGAUCGCGUCUAGUCUACUCGCACCCACUCCUGCCAUCAAGCCCCCUUGCCUCCUCCGGCUCGGUCGGGUCACUCACCUACAACAUUCCGAACCACGAUGGCGUGAAUACAAAGCUCUUCGCCCAUUAUCAGUGGGAUGCAGGUUGGGAGCUGGCCAACGACAUCGUUCUCUCGUCUUCCCCGUCCUUUUCGUCCUCCUCCUCUCCGUCGUCAUCGGCGUCGUCACGUUGGGCGGACGUCAGAGGCAAGACGACCCUGGAGCUGGGCGCGGGUACGGGUCUGCCCUCUCUCGUAGCAGCGAGGAUGGGAGCAAGACGAAGUGUCGUGACGGACUAUCCUGAUGAGGGGAUACUGAGAUGCUUGAGGGGCAAUGUCGAGCUGGAGGAGAAGGAGAGGCGCUCACGGCGAGGUGACCAGGAGAGUACACAGCAAGAUGAGCAAAAGCUCAUGGUGCGCGGCCUUGCUUGGGGUGACGAGGCGCAAGAACACGAGCUGUUAAGCCUUCAACCAGGAGGAUAUGAUCGACUCUUGAUAGCAGACACGCUCUGGGUUUCCUCAUCUCACCCGCUCCUCAUACACUCCAUAUUGCGGCUCAUAUCCCGUACGCAUGGCCGCGUACUAGUCGCGGCAGGAUACCACUCUGGUAUUCCUUGCGUACGCCGUUUCUUUGAGGCGUGCGAGCGCGGUAUGUCCGGCAUGGGUAGGCUUGUGCCAGAUGAGGAGAUGGGCGGCGUAAGAGAACGAAAUGUCCAGAGUGGAGAAACGGGCAAGUGCGCUUGGUACAAGUCGGCAAAUGAUGGGCAGGAGGACCAGAACGAUGACAUGGGGUCAAUUGAGGAGAGGGCGAAGCGCUGUGUACUGGCUUCGCUGAGAUGGGCCCCGCACGUGGAGCAGGAGCAGGCGAAAUAAUGACGAGCACCUGAUGUUUCCUGGUUGAUCUGACUGCCACUGCAUGCUACGUUGGGCCAUGCCACUGCGGCGGUGCACGGCGAGCCAAUCACCCUGGCAUGACGGCAACCUCGGCGAUGCUCUCCAGCUCCCGCGGUUCUGA